CUUUGCUGAUGUCGAAGUUAAUUAUGAGGUGGUAAGUAAGAUGUUUAUUUAACAAAUUCAAUAAUAUUCAUUCAUAAUAAUAUUUGUAUUCAUAGUAUUAGUAGUGCUAUUGCCAUUAUUAUCCUUAUAAUGAUUAUGAUGUAAAAUAAAGUAAUCAAUGUGGACUUAUCAUCUCACCAUCUCAUCGUUUCCAGUCGGAACUAUUUUGGUGACGCACAGGCGCAGCCGCUGCAGCACCGCAGCUGCUUCCGGUUUCACUCCUCGCAGAAGUUUGCAUCUUUCAGUGUUUCUUCACCGCUAACCUACUUUUCGGAAUGAAGUUCGUUACUUCAGACACCUGCGCGUAACCGCAUCGCAGCGCUUCAUGAACACGGAACACUCUUCUCGUCACGUUUAGCUUUAAAAAGGUAAGCUAGCAGGAAGUAAACCGGGCUACUGCGGAACGUAACGUUAAACCCGACGUCCCUCACGUCGGCUGAUUUAACGACAUGGUGCCUUUCAAGAGGAGGAAGCUCCUCUGCUCCGCCGCUGGGAGCCACACUGGGAGCCACACUGGGGCCGCUGGGAGCCACACUGGGAGCCACACUGGGAGCCACACUGGGAGCCAGACUGGGAGCCACACUGGGAGCCAGGAGGGGACCAGGUUCCCUCAGGUUGUGUUGUUCCUGCUGCAGAGGAAGAUGGGAGCCAGUCGGAGACGUUUUCUCUCUCAGCUCGGGGAGAAGAAAGGAUUCCAGGUGGAGCAGCUGCUCAGUAAGAGAGUCACACAUGUCAUCUGUGAGAAUAACUCCAGUGAGGAGGUCAGAACUUGGCUGAGAUCGGAGGUCGGAGGUCAAACAGCUGCUCACCUGCUGGACGUCAGCUGGUUCACAGAGAGCAUGAAGGCGGGACGUCCUGUCGAAGUCCUGGACCGACACAAGCUGCAGGAGCAGCAGGUGGAAGAGGUGGAGGUGUUUACUACACCCAGCUACGCCUGUCAGAGACGGACCACUCUGGACAACCACAACGCUGUCCUCACCGACGCCCUGUCGCUGCUGGCUGAAAACGCCGAGCUCAGCGGCGAGGACGGCCGAGGCGUCGCCUUUCGCCGGGCCGCCGCCGCCCUGAAGGCCCUCCCCCAGCCGGUGACGGACAUGACGCAGCUCGGGGGGGUCCCGUGUCUCGGGGGUCAUUCGCUCAGAGUCAUCAAGGACGUCCUGGAGAGCGGAGCGUCGCCUGAGGUCGAAGCUCUGAGGCGGUCUGAGCGCUUUAAAGCGCUGAAGGUGUUAACCGGUAUCUUCGGGGUUGGCGUGAAGACGGCGGGGCGGUGGGUCGGGGAGGGGAUCCACACCCUGAGGCAGCUUGAGGACUCCGGGCCGACCCUGAACCGAGCCCAGCGAGCGGGCCUCCGUCACCACGGCGACCUCCACCGGCCCGUUGGCAGGGCCCAGGCCGCCGCCGUGGCCGGCGUGGUGGAGGCCGCCGCCCGCUCCGUGCUGCCGGGGGCUCGGGUCACUCUGAUCGGGGGGUUCAGGAGGGGGAAGCUGACGGGCCACGACGUGGACUUCCUGAUCACGCACCCCGAGGAGGGCAGGGAGGUGGGACUGAUGCCCAAACUGGUCUCCUGGCUCCACUCUCGGGGUUUCCUCUUGUACCAGAAAACCACCAGCAACUCCUACCUGGAGGCCGCGGAGGGACCCGCCCGACCCGCCUCCAACAUGGACCGCUUCGAGCGGUGCUUCUCCAUCUUCAAGCUGCAGGAGGAGGAGGAGGCGGAGGAGGCGGGGCGAGGAGACGAGGGACCCCGGCGGCCCUGGAGGGCCGUGAGGGUGGACCUGGUGGUCUCUCCCUUCAGCCAGUUCGCCUUCGCCCUGCUGGGCUGGACCGGCUCCAAGCUGUUCGAGAGGGAGCUGAGGCGCUGGGCGGGCCGCGAGAAGAACAUGUGUCUGAGCAGCCACGCCCUGUACGACCACCGCCAGAGCCGAUACCUGAGGGCUUCUUCAGAGGAGGAGAUCUUUGCUCACCUGGGUCUGGAGUACAUUCCUCCGUCGGAGAGGAACGCCUGAACGCACCAUGUGACGCCCUCACCUGCAGACAAGGAGCUGCACGCAGCAGAUAAGUGUCAUAGUCCUGAUAUCAUCCUCUUAAAACAUCUUUUUAUACUUCAGUUAUGACCAAAGACGGUAGAAGAAGUGGUUGUCGUGGUGACGGCACUCGUGGGUUUGUGGACUGAAGCUCUGCGAUUUUUCUUUUUCCCGUUUCCAUCGUGGAUUAUUUCCUUCGCUGUGUUUGUUUUUUUGUUGCAACCAAUAAACCGAAUAAGGACUGAGGAGGACGGCGUCUCUGGUAGAAACCUGUCAAUCAGCGUUAGGCCCCGCCCUAAAGCUUCUCCUCUUUAUGGUCUGUUUGACUCUAAAUGGACCUUCAUCCACUAAAUGAACAUCAUGCUGCAUUGAAGAAGACUUGAAACUAGAGACUGAGACCAUAAACUCAUGUUUACAAUGUUUUACUUUGUAUCAAAUUUGUGUGUGUGUGUGUGUGUGUGUGUGUGUGUGUGUGUGUGUGUGUGUGUGUCAUUAACCUCUAAACACUGGUUUAACAUCAAAGACCACGUCAGUGAUGACACCUCCAUCUGCUCCUCUUCAUCUGUGACAUGAGAACUUCUUCUCCUCCCUCUACUUAUAUGUGUUCCUCUCCUUGUGUCCUUGUCUCCUAGUCUCUCCUCCUCGUCUCCUCCUUUUCAGUGAACGACUUUAAGGACGUGUUCCGUUUCUCCUCCUCUCACACGUGUGUGUUUUUGACGCCGUAUGUGUGAACCAAAGGAGACACGGAGGAACCAGGAGUCUCUCAGUCUGGACCUCUGACCUUUGACCUCGGGCAUCUCUGUGGAGAUGUAAAUUCUUUCUGCUCAGCAGGAAAAACCACAACAAUGAGUUUAGUAGUCGUAGUUUUUGUCUUUUUUGAUGAAUGAAAACGUAUUCAUUAAAAACCUUCCUGUUAAGUAAAAGUACCUGAAAAUACUCUAAUAAAGUAUUCAUCAGCAAAAUGUA